AUGUCCAACUUCACAAGAUCAAUUCUCAUCACUGGAGGCACUAGCGGCCUCGGACUUUGCGCCGCAGCUGAGAUUGCGAAACAACAUCCUGAAUACCAGGUCAUGGUGGCAUCACGCAAGGACCCCGACAAUAGCGCGGCGGCAAUCAACAAGAAACUCGGCCAGAGUAACGUCCAGUAUAUGCCACUUGACCUUGGACACCUGGAAAAUGUCCGAUCUUUCGUCAAGACUUGGGGAGAGAGGAAUUUCCCUCCGAUUGCCGCACUGCUGCUGAAUGCUGGGCUUCAAAACCCUGGCAGCGUCAGAUACACCGCCGACGGGAUCGAGUCUACUUUCGGCGUGAAUCACGUGGGCCAUGCGCUCCUUUUCUAUCUCCUGCAGCCUUAUUUGGCUGACGAUGCCCGUAUUGUCGUGGUUGCCAGCGGCACGCACGAUCCAGCACAGAAAACCGGCCUUCCCGACGCAAAAUACACGUCCGGAGAAGAGCUAGCUCAUCCCUCUGAUGCAACAGUCAACAACCCAGGCCGACAACGCUAUGCCACCAGCAAAUUGUGCAACAUCAUGUGGACAUAUGCCCUGCAACGACGUCUCGCGCGGCUUGCGAACAAGAAAUGGACUGUGGCCGCUUUCGACCCGGGUCUGAUGCCUGGCACAGGGCUCGCAAGAGACGCAGGAGUCAUCCUCCGUUUCGUCUGGAAUCGGGUGCUGCCUUCGCUUGUUCCGCUUCUCCGCCUGUUGGCAUCGCCAAAUACCCAUCUUCCCGAGGAGUCGGGAGCCUCCCUAGCAUGGCUUGCUCUGGAUGAGAAAGAACGCUCGACGAGCGGCCUCUACUACGAAGGCAGGAAACCGAUCAAAUCCAGCGUGGACAGUUAUGAUGAGAAGAACCAGGAGGAGCUUUGGUCAUGGACUGUGAAGUUUCUGGCGGCCGACGACAAGGAAUUGCAUGACUUUGAAGUCGUCGCUUGA